UCUCUCACUCUCAGCAAAGAUGAACCACGGAGACCGCUACACCUCGUCCUCUUACCGGAAGAUUUUCGGGGAUUCCCCCAAGUUCCCAGUCUCCUCCUCUCGCAUGGGCAGCGCCACUUCCCGAAGCACCCCUGGGCUCCGCUCCAUGGCCGGGCCGCGCAACAGUCUCCCCUCAUCCAUGAGCCUGUAUAGACGGGUCGGCCGCUCCUACUCUCCGGUGCCCGCAGACUCCCUGGAUUUGACCCAGACCUCCGUGGUCAACAACGAAUUCAAAAUGAUUAGAACCAACGAGAAGGAGCAGCUGCAGGGUCUCAAUGACCGCUUCGCCAUGUUCAUUGAUAAAGUCCGGCACCUGGAGCAGCAGAACAAGGUGCUAGAGAUGGAGCUGGUGACGCUGCGGCAGAAGCAGGGCGAGCCGUCCCGUGUCGCCCUCCUCUACCAGCAGGAGCUGAGGGACCUGCGCUCACAGGUGGAGGAGCUGAGCCGGGAAAAGAACCGCAUCCUGAUCGAUAGGAACAACAUGGAAGAUGAGCUGCAGAAGCUCAGUGUGAAGUACGAUGAAGAGGUGAGGGCACGCGAUGAAGCUGAGCAAAACUUGAAAUCCUUCAGGAAGGACGUGGAUGAGGCCACAGCCGUUCGCCUGGACCUGGAGCGCCGUUUGGAAUUGAUGAUGGACGAAAUCAACUUCCUGAGGACUGUGCAUGACGAGGAAAUCCAGGAGCUGAGCAGCAUGAUGGAGAAGCAGCAGGUCUCCGUGGAGCUCGAGCUUGCCAAUCCGGACCUCACCUCGGCUCUGAAGGAGAUCCGCAACCAGUACGAGACCAUCGCCUCCAAAAACCUGCAGUCUGCCGAGGAAUGGUACAAGACCAAAUUCGCCAGCCUCAACGAGCAGGCUUCCAGGACCAACGAGGCCAUGAGGGCCAGCAGGGAGGAGGUCAGUGAGUUCAGGAGGCAGCUGCAAUCCAAGACCAUAGAGAUCGAGAGCCUGAGGGGCGCCAACGAGUCUCUGGAGAGGCAGAUCACGGAGAUGGAGGUGGGACACCACGCUGAAGUGACAGCCCUGCAGGACACUAUUGGCCAGCUUGACACUGAGCUGAGAAACAUGAAGGGGGAGAUGGCACAGCACCUGAGGGAGUAUCAGGACCUGCUCAAUGUCAAGAUGGCUCUGGACAUAGAGAUAGCCGCCUACAGGAAACUGCUGGAGGGGGAGGAGACUCACUUUAACUCAGGGAUGUCCUUUGGUGCUGCCAGCUACAGCUACCAGCCUCGAGCCGCAGCCAGCUCCUCCAGGAGCAGCCCGAGGGAGAAAGAGGGGGCCACCAAGGAAAGCUUCAAGGAGAGCAGUGAGGAGAAAGACGAGGCAGACAUAAACUCCAACUGACGGGAGACUAGCAGGGGAAUGUGGAGAAAAGAGAUAUGUACUUCAUAUGUAGUGAGUUUAGUCACUGUAUUUGUUUUGUUUUGUUUUUGGAUCAUAUCUUCAAUAUAAAUUGUGCAUAGAUUUUGUAUUGUUUACAGUACACAUACAUACGUUUUACAUAAAUAAACCCUCCCCCCAUACCCCAACAAUCCAACAGAGCGCUGUCAUGGUUCACAAACAUGAUGAAACAAUGUCAGAAUAAAGGAAAACGAAAAGCUAUCACGAAGAUAAAUGUUUGAAAUCACAACUUAAAGCGAAUAUUUUGGGUGAUUAUCAAUCUCUGGUAGUUCCUGUGGCAAAGGGGCUAUUUUGAUGACUUUUGCUAUAAAAUGAAGAGUUUGUCAGUACUACGUGAAGAGUUACAGACUCGAGACCUCCAGAGGGAAUGUUGCAUGUAUUGCAUUUUAAAUUCGACCAGGUAUUGAACUGUAUUUUCAGGAUUCAAUUCCAUGUUGCUGCUGAGAGAUUAACUUAAACCUGUGUGACAGGGGAGGGAAAUAAACAUUAAGGUUUAAUUUCUGUAAGAAAAUAACCAAGUGUUACUGGAGUUCCUCUUAUCUUAUUUUGCAGCAUGUUUUCAUCAAAAUUGUUCUACAAUUUGAAUCAAGAAUGAAUCAGCUGUCACAUUUGCUUUAAAUCACAAUGCUGAUGUUUUUAAAGACUGAGCAAAGGAAAAGGAAAAUGACAAACGCACUUUAGGAUGCAUGUGGGAUGACAGUGUUUGACAUUGUGUUUGGUUUUAUGACGUUACGAAUUGUAGAUGUGUUCUCCCUGAUGGUAUAAUGUUACCAUGUGCAUGAUGCAAUAGCUUUGAAAUAUAUUCAGUACAUGUUGGUACAGAUCGUCAAACGUGGUUAUAGUUUGGAUGAACCCACCUACUGUAAAACCACUCACUGUUGUUUCAGUAGCACUCAAUAAAAUAACAUGACUG